CGCCUCGCAAGGUGAUCUGUAGGCACAAGGCGAGGCUCAAACACGCUGCGACACUCGCAGGAAACGUAUCUCUGCUCUUGCAGGAACGAUAGUCGCGCUGUGAUUCGUGUGCAGUGACAGUCAUGGUGGUUUUACCCAAAAAGCGGGAAUAUUAAACGAGAUGACGGAAGUUGCAAGUCUCCUGCCAACGGACCAUAGACUGACCACGGUCCGGCGGUAUGAGGCCGGACCACCGGAAGGCCUGGAGCUGGUUGAGCCGGGGGAGACCUAUGCCACCACCAAAGAAGAGGAAUGGGUGAGCAAAAAGAAAACGGAAGUAAUCAACACCAAACAAAUCGAGACGCGAGUCAAACGCCAAGUGGUCCUCGAAGAUGGCGAAGUCGUCGAAGACUCCGGACCCAUGGUCACCACCAACACCACUGAAGACACCGAAACGCAAGAACACCACCAGACUGAAUUACGCAAACUGGGCGACGACGAACCCGAUGGCCCCUCCAAGGCCGUGGAGGGCACCCCCGAGGUGCCCAGCGAUGGGUCCAAAUGGGUGGCGGUGCCCAACCCCGAAGGGGUCGUCCGCGAGGUUAAGGAGAAGCGAGUCAUCUCACGCGAGGAAACCGAAGAGGUUAAGGAAACGGAAGACGUUCAGCACUUCGGAGACAUCACCGAUGAGGAUUUCCUCUCAGCUGUAAAAACCGGAAAAAAGGAUCUCCGCGACGUCCUCCGUACGACGAAAAACGGCGUUUCGGUGGUUUCUACCGGCCCUCGAAUCGUCCACGAGUCGUCAAAGAGCAACAAAGUGACAGAUACGGAAAACACGCGUGAACUGAGCUCGGUACUACCUGACGGUAAAAUCGUGACCGAGACGCAAAGAACCACCGAACACGAAGAGAUCAAAGACGACGAAUUGCCCGAAGACGCGCCCGAACAAGAUUUCUACAAGGAGAAUUCGCAAAGGUAUCUGAAAACACGCGAUCAGGAAGAUGUGGAUUACCUAGCUGACGGUGUUAAAAUCGGGCACGAAAUGCGCUUCCGGACCGAGACCAUGGAGGUUGAAAGGCAUGGAGAUGAUGACGAUGAGCCCGAUUUCGAUUCGUUGAGUGCCAGGGCGAGGAGGAGGGCCAACAACCGACAACCGCACAGAUACAGGGUCCCGAUUACAGGUCUGGAGAACGGUGUUUCCCCAUUGGACCGCAAAGACGCCCUGACCCGAAAACCGCUCGAUUUCGACCAAGAGGAAGAAACGCGAAAAGUGGAAACAUCGAAAUGGUUAGAGCACCAUUUCGGGAGCGAAUCAAGGUCUUCGAAUUCCGUCAUAGACGACGAAGAACAGCCACCGAAAACAAGUUUCUUUAAUGUCACAAUCAAAUCGCAGCCGAGUCGAGCCGAACCACCACCUCAGAAAUACAUCACAACGAUAAACAACACUCCGCGAGUGUACAGUCCGGUGGAGCCCGAGCGCGACCGCCCCACACAUCACUCCGACUACUACAAAGGUAUCAGUCAGUGGUCGGAGCGCCAUCCCAUGCCCUCCUACCACCACCAGGACACCCCGAUCUACGUGCACGAGCCCGUGACGUACACGCCCCCACGCCGGUCCCCCAUCCCCGACUACCGCAGCAGCAGCUCGCCCAUGCUGGUGCCUCCUCCAGUCCGCGUCUCCCCCAUCCGGGAGAUCACUCCGACGCCCCCACAGCGCAAACGGGUUUCCGAGCGUCGACACCAGCAAGACAGUCGAUACGCGAACGCGAUGGAGCCUCCACCGGACUACUCGCCGCCGGUCAACGAGAAGAAGGCCAUGCAGAAAACGCGCUUCGCCCCGGACCCCCCCAAGGCCAAAAGCGGCAACAUCAUAGGCCAGUCCAUCCGGAAACUAGUCGGGAAAAUUCGAUCGGCGAGCACCGAACGCAAGACCAGGCACAGGACGAAGAGGUCCCCCAGCCCCUCGUACCAAAAGGGCCACGUGAUCGACAACAACAUCCACCACAACGGCGUCGAGAGCAAGCAGCCGGUGCAGAGGUACUACCUGGGGGAGGACCCCUUCGGGGGCAGCAUCUACGGCAGGGAGAACAAGUACGACGGGGUGAAGCCGGCCAGAGGCAGCUCCAAGAGGAAAGAAGAGGAGCACAGGUCCCAGAGUACCCUGGGCCGCUUCAGUAAAUCCACCAGUCGCCUUCUGAACGCGCCAGCCCCCCACGAGCGCAACUCGCAGACGCUCCCGCGUCACCUGUCCCGCCACCACGAGCCCCCGACCCGUCUGGAGAAGAACAACAAGUCCAACAGCACGAUCAACGUCUCCAUCAUCAACACUGUGUCGCGCACCCUUGGCCCACCUCUGGGCCCCGCCAAGCCAGCCAGGACAUACAAAUCGAAUCUCUCACGCAGCAAAAGUUUGAACGUCCACGCCAACGAUUACCGCAAGCCGGGGAUGUACACCAGCAACCCCCAUCUCAAUCGGCUGGAGGAGAACCCAGUCGGGCUCAAAAGUCCUGGAUUGAUUUCCAGCCUUAGUCGCAGCCAGAAGGACCUCCAGGAAGACAGUGUGUACACGAACCGUUUUGUAAGAAACGGCACCAGUGACAACACCAGUGAUAAUAAACGAGUGUUCAUGAAAAGUCUCAAGGAUCGAGCGCCGGAAUUGUUUAAAACUUUGCACGAGGACGAGCCAGACUCUGUGAUCUACAGCACCCCAAUCAAAAACCACCACAAGAACAAGUACAAUGGGGACAUCUACGAGCCCCCGACGCGCCUGAGGGAGCCCCAGUCCAUCCUCAGGAGAGGGAGCAACUCCAGCACCGACUACUCCGAAACGUACCACACCACCACCCGAAACGACGACCCCCUCAGACCCAGCGUCACCAACACGGUGAAGAGCUACAGCAAGAAGACAAUCCCGGCGAAAAACGGGCGAAGCAUGGAGACGAUCGAGUCAAGCGAGACGAAGUCGGUCACCAAAAGCCACUAUCGGGGGGAUCCCAGCGUGAAGUUCUACGAGACCGAGCGGAGAUACAGCGGGGGAAGCCCCGUAGUCAUCGAAGUCCGAAAUAGCAACUAUAGGAAAUGAUUAACUCGAAGAUACUGCCAUAUAAACUGUCAUUAUUUAUAAUUGUUAUUACUAAUUGUGAUUGUUUUGUCGUUAAAAAGGGUUUUGGCAUUGUUAGGAUGGUAGAUUAGGUGCUAAAAUUCCCUAAACUUUUGUAUCAUAUGUUGUUUCUAACGUAAUAAUAAAUGGAAAGAAUAAUCCUAGAGGUAUAGAAUGUGCCAAAAUAAUUUGUAAAUACGAGCUUAUUAUCAUGAAUUAAAAUUUUUAAUGAA